AACGGAGUCAAGUGGCUAGCGAGGUGACGCGCCUCGCGUGUGCGUGCAGCCGACGCGUUAAUGGGUUUUCUACUACGGAGUACCAGCUGCGCAUUCAGCGACGUGCACACAGCCAAUAUCACCAAGCUUGCUCGACGACGCAACAUUCCGCCUUCACCUUGCCAUUCCCCUCGCCGCCCGUCCAUUAAGUUAUCAUGGCGAGCUUCUUCGACCUCAAAGCCAGAAAGGCCGCCGCCGCCGCCAAUGGCAACUCCGAACAAAAACAAGAAAAGGCCCCCAGCAAGGCCCAGCCCUGGGUCGAGAAAUAUCGACCAAAGUCACUUAGCGAUGUUACCGCCCAAGAUCACACCGUCACCGUCCUGCAAAGAACGAUGCAGGCCUCUAACCUUCCGCACAUGCUCUUCUACGGACCCCCCGGUACAGGAAAGACCUCUACAGUCCUCGCGUUGGCAAAAGAGCUCUACGGACCGGAGUUGAUUAAAACACGAGUGCUCGAGCUCAACGCUUCCGACGAGCGUGGCAUCUCCAUCGUCCGAGACAAGGUCAAGAACUUCGCCCGCAUGCAAUUGACCAAUCCGACCGCCGGCUACAAAGACAAAUACCCCUGCCCGCCAUUUAAAAUCAUCAUCCUCGACGAGGCCGAUUCCAUGACGCAAGAUGCGCAGAGUGCCCUGCGAAGAACAAUGGAGACGUACAGCAAGAUCACUCGGUUCUGCUUGAUUUGCAACUACGUGACCCGUAUCAUCGACCCGCUCGCUAGUCGAUGCAGCAAGUUUCGAUUCAAGAGCCUGGACCAAGGCAAUGCCAAGAAGAGGCUGGAGGAAAUUGCAGAGAAGGAAGGUGUGCCGCUUGAAGAUGGUGCAAUCGACACGCUUAUUAAGUGCAGUGAGGGUGAUCUGCGAAAGGCCAUCACUUACUUGCAGAGUGCUGCGCGCCUAGUCGGAGCACAGUCUCUGGACAAGAAUGCCGAAGGCGACGAGAAAAUGGAUGUGGACAAGAAGCCUGUCACGGUCAAGAUUAUCGAGGAUAUCGCUGGUGUCAUCCCGGACAACACAAUUGAGGAUCUCGUACAGGCGAUACGUCCACGGGGCUCGACUGGAUCUUACCAGUCCGUCUCCAAGGUGGUUGAGGAUAUGGUGGCAGAUGGGUGGAGCGCAGGCCAAGUUGUCGGCCAGCUUUACCAAGCCAUCACAUAUGACGAGACGAUUCCGGAUUCCCAAAAGAACAAAAUUGUCCUCGUCUUCUCCGAAGUCGACAAGCGGCUAGUCGAUGGUGCAGAUGAGCACCUCUCGAUUCUGGAUCUGGCCAUGAGGAUAUCGGCCAUCAUGUCGGAAAAGUGAAGCACAAUUCAAAAUGGUCACUGAUGCUCUCUCAAUCAGAGAACGGAGUUGGGGGUAGAUUUUGGCACGGCGUUAGAACUGGUCAUGCAAUACCAGAUCGAUCAAUUCUUCAA